GAAGCUAGCUGAGUGAAUGAAAGAUCUUGUAUUUUACAAUGUACAUCGCUUUUUCGAUCAACAGAGGGCGCUAUUCUAUUAUUUACAAAAACGGUGGAGAAGCACAACAACGUUAAAGAUGAAUAUUCUUCCAAAGAAAAGCUGGCAUGUUAGGACCAAUAAAAAUAUAGAACGAGUCAAGCGGGAUGAGGCACAAGCAGCUGAAGAGAACAAGAAGAGGCAGGAACGAGCAGCCCUUGCUGAGCAGGAGGCUAGGACAGCAUUGCUACGGAGAAAAGCUCGCCAGUUGACCGCAGCAGAAGACCCUGAGGAAUACCACCUUCCUUCUGGGUCUACUGAGGAUGACCGUCUUGCUGUACAAACCUCAGCAGACACAGAACAUGUGGAUCUCUUCAGUGAUCUCAGUACUGAAAAACAAAAGGGAGAGAAAAACAAGGAGCGCGAGAAAGAGGAGAAAGCUGCCCAAGAGAAAUACGAACAAAAAAUCGGCCUGCUGACCUACCUGGGUCAAAGUUCAGCGGAGGCGCUUACGGCCACACCAUGGUACUUCAAAUCUCCUGACCGAGGAACUGCAACCUCUGAGCCUGAACAACAAAGCUGCAAAGAAGUGAAGAGGAAGGCAAGCCUAGAUCCCAUGAUGCAAAUGGAGAAAUACCUCGGCGUGAAAAAAUCAAAAGGAGACACCACAGCACCAAUAACAAAACCUACUCUUAAAGAUAAAACUCCCACAAGUUUUCAAGUUGGUGUCAAUCCAGGCAUGAAAUCAACAUCAAAACACCGAAAGUCGAGAAACGCCAGUCAAGACGACCGGAAGUCAACACACCGAAGCCAUAAAAGUAAACAAAAGCAUAAACACAAACACAAACGAGACAAGGACAAAUCAGAAAGAUCCAAAGAACAAAGCGACAAAAACUCUAAAAAGAAACCAAGACACAGAGAACCGAGUCUCGAGAGAAGGAAGAAGACUGAAGGACCCAACGUACAGCAGCUGCGCGAGGAGAGACUGAGGCGUGAGGCCGCGGAGCGAGCCAAGACGACGCGUUUGCUGUCUGGGGAGAAGCUUGAGGGCGGAGCCAAGCGAAACUUGGAGGAGGAGAUGGAAAGACCGGGACGGUACAACUCACAGUACCACCCCGAGCUGGCACGGAAAAGACACAGGCAGGCUCACUACGGCGGCAUUUAAUGGGCCUCACACAACCCCUCCAUGAAUAAGCACUGGUCAUACGGGUGUGGCCCGAGAUGAGCCAAUGACAGCCUGCGUAGCUCCGGACACCCCUGGGUGAUGGCAACUAGGCUCCGCCCAUGGAAUAUACUGGGUAGUCCCGCAAGGACCAAGGAGUUGAGGUGCCGCCAUCUUGAGAUGCAGAGAAGCGUGCUCUCGGGAUCCAUGAUGUCUCCACUGGGAUGCAUAAAAGGCAAGGCAGU